AUGAAGGACCAAUCCAGCUUGUCAGCCUUGUCAGAUCCUUGUCCAGGUACUCAAAAGAACACCAAGAAAGGACCUGUAAUCGACGAGAAAGACUACAAGCGUGAGGAAGUUGAGAAGAAUUUAAUGUCCAUGAAUGCACUGACGUAUGUUGCAGGAUACCUACUGCGAAAAUGCCUGGGGAAACACAAAUGCCUUACUUGUGCACAGAAGCUUACCAUGACCAGCCUGACCAACAGCAGCCAGCUACUGUGCUAUUUUAAAGCUUAUGGAAACAAGAGUGACUUUGGAGGACUGACUGUUCCUCAAGAUGAAUUUAUUCAGUAUGUCACUAAAAUAGAGAGCAAAGUUGUUGAUGAAAUUAGUUGUAAUAUCCAAAGACCAAAAAUUGCAGAGCACAUAAUUGCAAAAUUGCCAAAGUUUUGUGUAUCAGAGUGUCCUUAUUUCCCAAGCAUGUACCUCAUUGAGUUAUUUGUGAAAAUGCGUUUGCAUUACAUUUUAAAGUUCAACAACCAAGAAUUAAGAGCAAGAAAGACAGGAAGAAAAAACAGAAAGUAUAUCAAGAUUCAGCACUUAUGA